GUUGGGGCUUCCGCGGCACUGGGGGGAGAGUGAGGGAGAAGAAGAAGAGGACGAGAAAGAGGAGGAGGAGGAAAGAAGAGUUGGAAAACGGAAGACGAAGAACGCAGAGAGAGAGAGCGAGAGAGAGAGAUCGAGAGAGAGUGGAAGUCAGGAGAGCAAGUGCUACAUUUGUGUUGUGGUUGGUGCUGCUUGCUUGCAUCAGGCAAUCAGCAUUCCCCGCAUUCCCUUCCCCUUUCCUUUCAUGGAUUGGUGGGGCUCAGUGCUCCCCCGACUCCCCCCAAGAUGAGCUUGCUCUCCAUUCUAUCGCCAUCGUGACCACGCUCUCAGGAUUCGGAUUCAUAUGCUCAUGCGUCUCCCUUCCCCUGUCCAGAUUUGUUGUCGUUUUUAGGCUGUGCUUAGGGGUUUGUAAAUUCCUAGUUCGGAGAGGCAGCUCUCCCUGUUGCCUCACCUGGGAUUAAUCCAUUUUGGCCAUGGCGAGUUUCUCCUCGUCGCUGCUGUGGACCACCAGGCUGCCCUUGCAUUGCCCGCCACUGUCGUCCUCGCAUAACUCCCUGCUUCUGCUGCGCUUUCGCGCUCCAUCAGCUCGGUUGGGACGCCUGCCUGCCGCUGGUUGGAGAAUUGGUGGAAGUAGGGAGAGGAGCGGGUGCAAUGGGAACUUUUCGCGCUGUUUCUCGACUGGGCGGCCCACGUUCCGAGUUUCUGCUUCGAGCGAGAAUCUGCCUCCUAUGGAACUCGGAAAGAAUUUCGAUUUCGCAAGUGAAGAGCGGCUGUAUAAUUGGUGGGAGUCACAGGGGUACUUCAAACCUGAUGCAACUGCCGCAGGAGAGCCUUUCGUUAUACCAAUGCCGCCUCCCAAUGUGACGGGUGCUCUUCACAUGGGCCAUGCCAUGUUUGUAACGCUAGAGGAUAUCAUGGCAAGGUUCUGGCGGAUGAGAGGCAGGCCUACACUGUGGAUGCCUGGCACUGACCAUGCUGGCAUUGCUACCCAGCUAGUGGUGGAAAAAAUGCUUACUGCUCAAGGAAUCAAAAGAACUGAGCUUGGUCGCGAAGCAUUUGUCGAACGGGUCUGGGAGUGGAAAGAGAAAUAUGGUGGAACAAUAACCAACCAAAUGCGAAGGUUAGGAGCAUCAUGUGAUUGGAGUCGCGAGCACUUUACUCUUGACGAUCAACUUAGUGCUGCGGUGUUGGAGGCUUUUUGCCGUCUACAUGAGAAGGGUCUCAUCUAUCGCGGUAGUUACAUGGUGAACUGGUCGCCACACCUGCAAACAGCUGUGUCAGAUCUGGAAGUUGAAUAUUCCGAGGAACCUGGCAAACUUUAUUACUUCAAGUAUCCGGUGGCUGGGGGUUCCAGUGAAGAUUAUCUGCCGGUGGCCACAACAAGACCCGAGACGUUGUUAGGAGAUACUGCUGUAGCAGUGAACCCUGAGGACGAGCGCUAUCAGAAGUAUAUAGGCAAAAUGGCAGUUGUGCCUCUUAGCGGAGGGCGCGAGGUCCCAAUCAUAGCAGAUGAGUAUGUAGACAAGGAUUUUGGAACUGGAGCAUUGAAAAUUACCCCUGGGCAUGAUCCCAAUGAUUACGCUAUAGGCAAGAAGUUGGGGCUUCCGUUUAUCAAUAUAUUUAACAAAGAUGCCACAUUGAAUGAGAAUGCGGGAGCUUAUUGUGGUAUGGACAGGUUUGAAGCAAGAACGAAGCUUUGGGAGGAUUUGGAGAAAUCUGGACUUGCUAUUAAAGCAGAGCCGUAUACUUUGCGGGUUCCUCGAUCUCAACGAGGUGGUGAGGUGGUGGAGCCUUUAGUAAGUAAGCAAUGGUUCGUUAUAAUGCAGCCACUAGCUGACAAAGCUCUUAAGGCUCUCGAAGAUGGAGAGCUUCGCAUUAUCCCUGACAGAUUUGAGAAGAUUUACAACUUCUGGCUUUCGAAUAUUAAGGACUGGUGUGUGAGUCGGCAACUCUGGUGGGGUCAUCGUAUCCCAGUCUGGUAUGUAGAAGGCAGCGAUGAGUCAGACUAUAUAGUAGCCCGCAGCGAAGAAGAUGCAUACAAGGCUGCUCGGGCGAAGCAUGGGGAGGAUGUGAAACUUACUCAAGAAUCUGAUGUUCUUGACACAUGGUUUUCUAGUGGUCUGUGGCCUUUCAGUACCUUAGGAUGGCCAAAUACUUCUGCGGAUGAUUAUCAGCGAUUUUACCCCACAGCAGUGUUGGAGACUGGGCAUGAUAUCCUCUUCUUUUGGGUGGCAAGAAUGAUCAUGAUGGGUAUUGAAUUCACUGGGAAGUUGCCCUUUUCAACUGUUUAUCUUCAUGGACUUGUCCGUGAUGCUCAGGGUCGUAAAAUGUCAAAAUCGCUAGGCAACGUAAUUGACCCCUUGGACACCAUCGAGGAGUACGGUACUGAUGCGCUCCGUUUCACACUGGCCACUGGCACUACCCCUGGUCAGGACGUAAAUCUUUCAAUGGAGAGGUUGACAUCCAACAAAGCUUUCACCAACAAGUUGUGGAAUGCUGGAAAAUUUAUUUUACUCAACUUGCCACCAACAUCUGACACAUCCGCAUGGGAGCACAUCCGAGAGCAUGAGUUUGAUACCGAAGCAGGAGUGGCUAGCCUCCCUUUAUCCGAGCGCUGGGUGGUGUCAAAGCUGCAUGAGCUAGUUGACUCUGUCACUACUGACUACGAGAAGUAUUUUUUUAACGAAGCUGGAAGGGCCAUCUACGAUUUCUUCUGGAGUGAUUUUGCUGAUUGGUACAUUGAAGCAAGUAAAACUAGACUCUACAAGAACGAGGAUGUAACGUCCUUGUCAAGGACUCGGGCGGUUCUAUCUUAUGUGUUUGAAACCGUGUUGAGAUUGCUUCACCCCUUUAUGCCGUUUGUCACUGAAGAGCUUUGGCAGGGUAUGCCGCAUGAAGGUGUAGCUCUAAUUGUGUCAUCAUGGCCUAAUCGUGGCCGUCCUAAAGAUUUGAAGGCUUUACAAGACUUCGAUUCCUUGCAGUCUCUGGUGCGUAGCAUCAGGAACGCUCGAGCUGAAUACUCUGUGGAACCAGCCAAGCGCAUCUCCGCAUUUAUUGUAGCCAGCUCUGCAAAUCAGACUUUCAUCGAGGAAGAAAAGGCUGUACUGGUGAUGCUUUCAAGGCUUGACCCUGACAGUGUUAACGUAGUCUCUUCGCCUCCAGGGAAUGCAGAUCAAGCUGUCCAUCUGGUGAUUGCGGAAGGUUUAGAAGCUUACUUACCAUUAGCUGACUUGGUAGACAUCGGGAAAGAAGUCGAACGUCUAAAGAAACAAGCCGCGAAAUUGCAGACUGAUUACGAUUCAAGCAUGAAGCGGCUUUCUUCCAGCAAAUUUGUGGAGAAAGCGCCUGCAGCAGUAGUGCAAGGUGUAAGGGAACAAGCAAAGGAAGCACAAGAGAAACUCAAUAUUAUAAACUCACGACUUGAGCUCUUAAACUCUAUGGCUGUUAGCUCCUCGCAAUAAGGAAAUCAUUUAUUCUCAUUCAUCUUAGAAUCUGAAUUCCAUAAUAUAUUCUGUUAGGGACUGAUGUACAACUUCAAAAUAUUUGUUUCCACGCACAUUUCAGUGUGUUCCCUUGUCACUAUUAGUGCACACUGAAGUUUGCACCAUGUCAUUAUUUGUCUGACUCAAGUCAGAUUUCGGUUUUUAGGGAAGGAAUUCGCUACCGAAACUUUGCAAAUAGAGGGCAGAGUACGUUUUGUGUCCAGGA